GUUCUCCGCUGUGCACGCGGCACACAUGGCCGCCGCCGCCGCCGCCGCGCUCCUCCUCUCCGCCCCUCUCGGCAUGGUGGUCGAUCCCGCCUGCGCCGCGCCGGCCGUGCGGCUGUCCAGGAUCCUGCCGAUGAUGCCCGCCGUCUCGCCGGAGGCCGCCGCGGAGCGCGUCGUCCAGUUUGCGGCGGACGUCGGGCCGUCGCAGCUGGCGUGGGUGCCUUCGAGCGACGUCUUCACGGGCGACGCGGAAGCGGUGCGCUCCGUCGAGCGGCUCGCCUUCCUCGCCGGCGGGAGCCAGUGGGCGUGGACCGAGGGCGGCGCGCCGCCGCAGCAGCUGCAGCCGGCGGCGGCGGCGCCGGUCGAGACGCACGCCGUCUCCGCGCCGGCGGAGCUCGCGGCGGUGGGCGGCGGCGAGGUGUGGGUGCGCGACCUCGACGCGGGCGGCUCGGCGCCGGUCCUCUCCGUCGCCGGCGCCGACGGCGCGGGCGGCCUCCUCGCGCUGAGCAGCGGCCGCUUCCUGCUCGCUUCCGGCGGCGGCCGGCUGCUGCUGCUCGAGCAGGACGAGGGGCUCGAGGGGCUGGGCGGGAUCGGAGGGCGCCCCCCCGAGUGGCAGGCGCUCGAGCUCCUCCCGGACGGCGCCCUCGGCGGACCCCUCCGCUCCCUCUGCGUCUCAUCGACCGAGGACGAGCUCUUCUUUGCUGCCGGAGGCGCCGUGUUGCGCGCGCCGCUCACCGCCGAAGCGAGGCUCGCCGCCUCGCCGGAGCCGUUCGUCUCGACGGCGCCGUCAGACGCCGCGGCGCUCGCGACAGACGCGCAGCGCAACCUGUACGUCUGCGUCGACGAGGGCGUGCGCGUCUUCGACGAGCAGGGCGAGGAGAGCCUCGUGAUCAGCACGCCCGCGCCCGCAACCGGCGUCUGCUUUGGCCGCUUCGGCGGCAGCUCCCUCUCUACCCUCUUCGUCGGCGCGGCAGACUCGAUCUGGGCGCUGCCGACGCAGGUGCAGGGCGCCGAGGCGUCGCGCUCGUUCCGCUUCCUCAAGCAGAUCGAGAAGCAGGUGCAGGCGCAGCGGCACGAAAACUGGUGACCGGUGGUGAGCCGGCGCCAGACCGCACGUCGGCGCACGUCGCCCCAGCUCACCAACGGGGGGUGGGGCGCGGGGUCGGCGAAUGUGUCGCCGAGUACUUUUGCGGCGGGGCGCGUGGGCCACGACACUUUUCUCUCUUUUGCUUCCAUAUUUCCGAGGUGUGGCCAAUGCUUUCAAAAUGUAUCUCGUAGC